AUGGCGACGUCUAAUUUGUUAAAGGUAAGAGCCUCUGCACUUCAGCAUUUUACCCGGAUUUGAACACGUAAUUAUGUGCCCCGAUGCCCAUAGUCUGGAUGUAAAUAAAUUAAUGAAUGAGUUAAAAACAAACCCGACCACGGACACUGUUUGUCAGGUUUUUUUGUUGUUGCACUUAAGGCAACAGAAAGGUCUCUCUUAUUAGUUAGCUAGCAAGGGAUGCUAAGACAAGCUGGCUAACGUUAGCUAGCCAGCCAUCUGGCUAACGUGCAGUACAGUUGUCACCGGCAUAAGCAUAUCGUCUUUUAAAUUGACAGUUAAUCAAUAAUAUCAUACACAGUUCAUUGUAGUAACAGUUGUCUGUCCACAUUAAACUGUAAGAGAAUAUGCAGCAGGCUUGUCCAGGUGGUGGAACAAUCAGCUGAAUUGGCAAGCUAACAUUUGCUCUGUUUGACAGCUCUCCCAGCACCGUAGUUACUAGCUAGUUAACUGUACAUACAGUCUUGACUGUUACACUGUUGACAAUGUAGGCUGUAGCUAAGGUUUUAGCGGAAGCAGGAUUUAUUUUAGCGCAUACAGUCUUGACUGCUAACUACAGAUUGAUCAGAGUAGGGUGCAACUAACGUUACACUGUUGACUGUAGUCUGUAGCUAAGGUUUUAGUUGAAGCAGGAUUUAUUUUAGCGAACUGAACCAUUGUAACGUUAUGUUUUAAAAUAAUAUAAUAGAAAACUAUUAAACAUACAAUUUGAUUCAGAACAGCGUCAGUAGCAAGUUACUGAGUAAUGGGUUAGGAAGUAGGAACAGUGUUGUUCUCGGUCUCUCUCCAGAAUUAAUGGCCCUAGGUACUGGGUAGUGUGGUGGUGAGUAGUGUCAUCUCUCUGCAGAAUAAACACUCACUGUAGUCUGAGAUACUAAUUAGUAGGUAGUAACAGUAAUUAUUUCAGUUUCUUUCCAGAAUAAUGUCCCAUUGCAGUUUGACAGUAGUUGUAGUGAGUACUGGGUCAUAUUCACUAGGCACGGAACAGAAGAAAACAGGCCGAAACAGAGUGACUACUUGAAAUUGUCCAAAAAUAAAUGCUUGUUUUCAUUUUCUGUUGCAAAACAUUUGCUACGGUGUGGACUAAUGAAUACGACCUUGAGUAGUAACAGUAUAGUAGUAGUGAGUAGUAACAGUAGUAUCAUCUCUCUCCAGAAUAAAGGCUCCUUGCAGUUUGAGGACAAGUGGGACUUGAUGAGGCCCAUCGUCCUCAAGCUGCUGAGACAGGAGGCUGUCACCAAGCAGCAGUGGUUCGACCUCUUCUCGUAAGACACACACUGCAUCACACCACACCAAACUGCACAGCAGACACACACACACACAUACUGCACCGCACACACACACACACAAAAACGCUUGUUAUUGUGUGUUGCAGAGAUGUCCAUGCUGUGUGUCUGUGGGAUGAUAAGGGCCCAGCUAAGAUCCACCAGGCCCUCAAAGAAGACAUCCUAGACUUCAUCAAACAAGCUCAGAACGUAAGUGGAACUGUGAGUUACAGAGGAAGGGUUUCGGUAAUGGUUGAAAUCACAUUUGAGGUUGGAAUGUGCCGUUCUUCACACACACACACACACACACACACAUACACACCUUUCCAGUACAGUGAUAACAGUUGUAGGCAAGAGGCUGACUCUUAAACCCCUGAAUCCUGACCUCUACCUAUGCAACCUGUCUCUGACCUAACCUCUGACCUGUGUUUCCAUGGCAGCGUGUGUUGAGUCACCAGGAUGACACAGCAUUACUAAAGGCCUACAUUGUGGAGUGGAGGAAGUUUUUCACGCAGUGUGACAUCCUGCCCAAACCCUUCUGUCAGCUGGAGAUCACACUGAUGGGGAAGCAGGGCAGCAACAAGAAGUCUAACGUUGAGGACAGCAUCGUACGCAAGGUGAGGAGAGGGGGAGGAGAGGGGAAUGAGAGAGAUGGGGAGGGAGGGGGGAGAGGAAGGAGAGAAGCAGGGCAGCAACAAGAAGUCUAAUGUAGAGUACAGCAUCGUACGCUAGGAAGGAGAGGUGUGAGAGGGAAAGAGGGAAGGAUGAGGAAGGGGAGAGAUAGACAAUGGUGGUAUGCAUCAACUGUCUUGUCCUGCUUACUCUCUCUCUCUCUCUCCCCCCCCCGCCUCUCCUCUAGUUGAUGUUGGACACAUGGAAUGAGUCGAUAUUCUCCAACAUAAAGAGCCGUCUUCAGGACAGUGCUAUGAAGCUGGUUCACGCUGAGAGGCUGGGAGAGGCUUUUGACUCACAGCUGGUUAUAGGAGUAAGAGAAUCAUACGGUAGGACACACACACUGAGUGGCUAACAUCCACACAUUUUAUAUGGGACGUAAUGGUGAAGUAUGGUAUGUUUUCGGUAUAUUGACAAAGUGUGUGUGUGUUUGUGUGUGUGUAGUCAACCUGUGCUCUAACCCUGAAGACAAGCUCCAGAUCUACAGAGAUAACUUUGAGAAGGCCUACCUGGACUCAACCGAGAGGUUCUACAGAACACAGGCCCCAUCAUACCUACAGCAGAACGGAGUCCAGAACUACAUGAAAUAUGUAAGGACUGCUCUCGAUGUGUGUGUAUGUUUGUGUGUUGAUGUGACAAUGUCUCUCAGUGACUGUGUAUACAUUCACUGACUGUGUGCGUGUCUUGCAGGCAGACACAAAGCUAAGAGAAGAGGAAAAGAGGGCAGUUCGAUACCUUGAGACUCGUCGUGAAUGUAACUCUGUCCAAGCAGUGAGUAGGCAGACUGUUUACCUAUGAGGCUGUAUAGACUGGUUUAAACUCAUAUUCACAGUCGACAGAUGAUGAUGUCAUGUAGAUCAAUGUUAGUCUCUGUUGUCUCUCUCCAGCUGAUGGAAUGUUGUGUGAACUCUCUGGUGACGUCGUUUAAAGAAACCAUCCUGGCCGAAUGCCCCGGCAUGAUCAAACGCAACGAGACAGACAGUGAGUAACACGUUACAUUACUACUGUUACCCACUAACCUUGGGACAGGUUGUAGAAGAGGGUCCUUCUUUGUGUGACGUUAAUGUCCUUCCCCCUGCAGAGCUCCACUUGAUGUUUUCCCUGAUGGAUAAAGUUCCUAGUGGGAUAGAGCCCAUGCUGAAAGACCUGGAGGAUCACAUCAUGAAUGCUGGGCUGGCUGAUAUGGUGGCUGCUGCAGAGACUAUCACUUCUGUAUGUACACACACACACACACACACACAUACAGAGCCAUGUCGUACUAUACUUGUGAGGACUUUUUGGGGACCAACAAUAAUUCCUAUUCAAAAUUCUAUUUUCCUUAACCCCUAAACCUAACCGUAACGCCUAACCCUAAUUUGAACCCUAACCCUAACCCUAAACCUAACCCCUAAGCCUAAAAUGUCCUAAUUUCUCUGAAUUUUAGUUGGUUUACUAUUCUUGUGAGGACUUCUGGUACUAGUAAGUAUAGUAAAACAUGUAUACACACACACACACACACACACUCAAAAUCAGCUAGUAAAUCUGUAUGUUUCUCUUCUUAUUCCUGUGUGUGUAGGACUCUGAGAAGUACGUGGAGCAGCUGCUGACGUUGUUUAACCGUUUCAGUAAACUGGUGAAGGAGGCUUUUCAGGACGACCCUCGAUUCCUCACCGCCAGAGACAAGGUACACAUACAUACAUACAUACAUACAUACAUACAUACAUACAUACAUACAGUGGGGAGAACAAGUAUUUGAUACACUGCCGAUUUUGCAGGUUUUCCUACUUACAAAGCAUGUAGAGGUCUGUUAUAUUUAUCAUAGGUACACUUCAACCGUGAGAGACGAAAUCUAAAACAAAAAUCCAGAAAAUCACAUUGUAUGAUUUUUAAGUAAUUAAUUUGCAUUUUAUUGCAUGACAUAAGUAUUUGAUACAUCAGAAAAGCAGAACUUAAUAUUUGGUACAGAAACCUUUGUUUUGCAAUUACAGAGAUCAUACGUUUCCUGUAGGUCUUGACCAGGUUUGCACACACUGCAGCAGGGAUUUUGGCCCACUCCUCCAUACAGACCUUCUCCAGAUCCUUCAGGUUUCGGGGCUGUCGCUGGGCAAUACGGACUUUCUGCUCCCUCCAAAGAUUUUCUAUUGGGUUCAGGUCUGGAGACUGGCUAGGCCACUCCAGGACCUUGAGAUGCUUCUUACGGAGCCACUCCUUAGUUGCCCUGGCUGUGUGUUUCGGGUCGUUGUCAUGCUGGAAGACCCAGCCACGACCCAUCUUCAAUGCUCUUACUGAGGGAAGGAGGUUGUUGGCCAAGAUCUCGCGACACAUGGCCCCAUCCAUCCUCCCCUCAAUACGGUGCUGUCGUCCUGUCCCCUUUGCAGAAAAACAUCCCCAAAGAAUGAUGUUUCCACCUCCAUGCUUCACGGUUGGAAUGGUGUUCUUGGGGUUGUACUCAUCCUUCUUCUUCCUCCAAACACGGCGAGUGGAGUUUAGACCAAAAAGCUCUAUUUUUGUCUCAUCAGACCACAUGACCUUCUCCCAUUCCUCCUCUGGAUCAUCCAGAUGGUCAUUGGCAAACUUCAGACGGGCCUGGACAUGCGCUGGCUUGAGCAGGGGGACCUUGCGUGCGCUGCAGGAUUUUAAUCCAUGACGGCGUAGUGUGUUACUAAUGGUUUUCUUUGAGACUGUGGUCCCAGCUCUCUUCAGGUCAUUGACCAGGUCCUGCCGUGUAGUUCUGGGCUGAUCCCUCACCUUCCUCAUGAUCAUUGAUGCCCCACGAGGUGAGAUCUUGCAUGGAGCCCCAGACCGAGGGUGAUUGGCCGUCAUCUUGAACUUCUUCCAUUUUCUAAUAAUUGCGCCAACAGUUGUUGCCUUCUCACCAAGCUGCUUGCCUAUUGUCCUGUAGCCCAUCCCAGCCUUGUGCAGGUCUACAAUUUUAUCCCUGAUGUCCUUACACAGCUCUCUGGUCUUGGCCAUUGUGGAGAGGUUGGCGUCUGUUUGAUUGAGUGUGUGGACAGGUGUCUUUUAUACAGGUAACGAGUUCAAACAGGUGGAGUUAAUACAGGUAAUGAGUGGAGAACAGGAGGGCUUCUUAAAGAAAAACUAACAGGUCUGUGAGAGCCGGAAUUCUUACUGGUUGGUGGGUGAUCAAAUACUUAUGUCAUACAAUAAAAUGCAAAUUAAUUACAAAAAAAUCAUACAUGAUUUUCUGGAUUUGUUUUAAUUCCGUCCUCACAGUUACCUAUAUAAAUAUACAGACUUACAUGUGAAGAAAAUGCAAAACGAGUGAUCAAUACUUGUUCCCACACUAUACAUACAUACAUACAUACAUACAUACAUACAGUGAGAGAAAAGGAGGUGAAGGGAGCAGACGGAAUGGACGGGUGGAGAGAAAAGGAGGAUGGACGGAGGAGGAGUAAAAGGGGGGGAGAGCGGGAGGUUUGACAGUUCUGUGUUUCUCUCCAGGCCUACAAAGCUGUGGUGAACGAUGCCACCAUCUUUAAACUAGAGCUGCCCCUCAAACAGAAAGGGUGAGACAAACCUGAGUUUUAUGUUUAUAUUAUAUUCCUUGGUUAUGGGUCAAUAUGGCUGCUGGUCCACUCAUCACGGAACAUUAGCUGCAUCCCGAUUCUCCACCCUUUUCCUGAGGGGUGCAUUUUCACACUCCAUAUCAUGGAUUAAAAGCAUAUGAUUUGUGUAACCAUUGUCUGGAGGUAGUUUCCAUUAUUGUCAAAUCCAUGCAAGAAAGUGUGCACAUGUAGACUUCGGAAAAAGGGUGGAGAAUCGGGACGCAGCCAUUGACUUGAAUGUGGAUGCCUGUUCUAGUAACUAUAUUUCUGUGUGUACUACUAAUCUGUGUGUGUGUCUUUACAGGGUAGGUCUGAAGACCCAGCCUGAGUCGAAGUGUCCAGAGCUGCUAGCUAACUACUGUGACAUGCUGCUGAGGAAAACCACCCUAAGCAAGAAACUCACGUCAGAGGAGAUAGAACUCAAACUCAAAGAAGUGGUGAGGACUCUCACCUAGUACUGUAGAAUGAGCCCACGAUUCUCAAUCCUUGGAUUGGUGUAAGCAUUGGCUGUUGUGAAAUCCAUGACGGGAAGUCUGCACUUUCAGAGAAGGGUGUAGAAUUAAGAAGGAUCUGUAUUCUUAUAUCCUGUUAACCCCCCCCCCCCCUGCUGGUGUUGAAGUACUGUGCCUUUGGAAAGUAUUCAGACCCCUUGACUUUUUCCACAAUUUGUUACGUUACAGCCUUAUUCUGAAAUUCAUCUACACACAAUACCCCAUAAUGACAAAGCAAAAAUUGGUUUCAGAAUUUUUUGCUAAUUUAUAAAAAUAAGAAAAACGGAAAUAUCACAUUUACAUAAAUAUUCAGACCCUUUACUCAGUACUUGGUUGAAGCACCUUUGGUAGUGAUUACAGCAUCGAGUCUUCUUGGGUAUGACGCUACAAGCUUGGCACACCUGUAUUUGGGGAGUUUCUCCCAUUCUCUGAAGAUCCUCUUACGCUCUGUGAGGUUGGAUGGGGAGCGUUGCUGCACAGCUAUUUUCAGGUCUCCAGAGAUGUUCGAUCGGGUUCAAGUCUGGGCUCUGGCUGGGCCACUCAAGGACAUUCAGAGACCUUAUCCCGAAGCCACUCCUGUGUUGUCUUGGCUGUGUGCUUAGGGUCGUUGUCCUUUUGGAAGGUGAACCUUCGCCCCAGUCUGAGGACCUGAGCGCUCUGGAGCAGGUUUUCAUCAAGGACCUCUCUGUACUUUGCUCUGUUAAUCUUUGCCUCGAUCUUGACUAAUCUCCCAGUCCCUGACGCUGAAAAAUAUCCCCACAGCAUGAUGCUGCAACCACCGUGCUUCACCGUAGGGAUGGUGCCAGGUUUCCUCCAGACAUGACGCUUGUCAUUCAGCCCAAAGAGUUCAAUCUCGGUUUCAUCAGACUAGAGAAUCUUGUUUAUCAUGGUCUGAGAGUCUUUAGGUGCCUUUUGGCAAACUCCAAGCGGGCUGUUAUUUGCUUUUUACUGAGGAGUGGCUUCCGUCUAGCCACUCUACCAUAAAGGCCUGAUUGGUGGAGUGCUGCAGAGAUGGUUGUCGUUCUGAAAGGUUCUCCCAUCUCCAUAGAGUAACUCUAGAGCUCUGUCAGAGUGACCAUCGGGUUCUUGGUCACCUUCCUGACCAAGGCCCUUCUCGCCCCGAUUGCUCAGUUUGGCUGGGCGGCCAGCUCUAGGAAGAGUCUUGGUGGUUCCAAACUUCGUCCAUUUAAGAAUGAUGGAGGCCACUGUGUUCUUGGGGACCGUCAAUGCUGCAGACAUUUUUUGGUACCCUUCCCCAGAUCUGUGCCUCGACACAAUCCUGUCUCGGAGCUCUACGGACAAUUCCUUCGACCUCAUGGCUUGGUUUUUGCUCUGACAUGCACUGUCAACUAUGGGACCUUGUCUAGACAGGUGUGUGCCUUUUUAAAAUCAGGUCCAAUCAAUUGAUUUUACCACAGGUGGACUCCAAUCAAGUUGUAGAAACAUCUGAAGGAUGAUUAAUGGAAACAGGAUGCAUCUGAGCUCAAUUUCGAGUCUCAUAGCAAAGGGUCUGAAUACUUAUGUAAAUAAGGUAUCUGUUUUUUUAUUUGAAAAAAAUAUCAAAGCUUUCUAAAAACCUGUUCUCGCUUUGUCAUUAUGGGGUGUUGUGUGUAGAUUGCUUAGUAUAUAUUUUUUUUAUCCAUUAAAGAAUAGAGCUGUAACGUAACAAAAUGUGGAAAAAGUCAUGGGGUCUGAAUACUUUCCGAAGGCACUGUAUGUAAAGAAUAAGGAUGUGUUUUCUCUCCCUCCCUCCCUUCUCUCUCUAGUUGCUGGUAUUGAAGUAUGUUCAGAAUAAAGAUGUGUUUAUGAGGUACCAUAAAGCCCACCUGACCAGAAGACUGAUCCUGGACAUCUCAGCCGACAGCGAGAUAGAAGAGAACAUGGUGGAGUGGCUCAGGGUAAGAACACACUCACACACACACUCUUUCUCUCUCUCUAUAUAUAUCCCCUUUUGAUUUAGUUUUUUCCCCUGGUUAUGUGUGUGUGUGUAGGAGGUGGGGAUGCCUGCAGACUAUGUGAAUAAGCUGGCCAGGAUGUUCCAGGACAUUAAAGUAUCGGAUGAUCUCAACCAGGUCUUCAAGGAGAUGCACAAACACAACAAGCUGGCUUUGCCAGGUAACACACACUAAGACCAAUGGCCUGAGCUUGUGUGAUUAUUAACCACAGCCUCAAUACUCCACCUAAUGGUGUACCAUAGUAAUACACUAAUACUCUCUCUGUGCCUGUCUCUCUUUCUCUGUCUCUCUGUUUCUGUGUCUCUCUCUCUCUCUCUCCAGCUGACAGUGUGAAUAUAAAGAUCCUGAAUGCGGGGGCGUGGUCGAGGAGCAGUGAGAAGGUGUUUGUGUCUCUGCCUACUGAGCUGGAGGAUCUGAUCCCAGAGGUAGAAGACUUCUACAAGAGGAACCACAGCGGGAGGAAACUACACUGGCACCACCUCAUGUCCAAUGGCAUCGUGAGUGGAAGAUGUGCACGCACACACACACACACACACACACAGCAAACACACACACUCAGAAACAUAAUCCGUGUAAAAACUACUAUCACCUCAUGUCCAACGACAUAGUGAUCUCCCUCUUCUGCCCUGUGUGUGUGGGGGGGGGUGCCUGUGUGUUUUUGUGUGUGCGUGCGUGUUUAGAUCACCUUCAAGAACGAAAUGGGUCAUUAUGACCUGGAGGUCACGACCUUUCAGCUGGCUGUCCUAUUCGCCUGGAACCAGCGGCCGCGGGAGCGAAUCAGCUUCGAGAACCUUAAAUUGGCCACCGAGCUGCCCGAUGCUGAGCUACGACGCACACUCUGGGUAACACACACACACACACACACACACACACACAUACACACUCUCUGGGAUAGAAAAAUGAAAGCACACACGCCAAUAUAAACGCUAUUCAUACACAGAGAAGAGACUGAGAGAACAAACUAAUUACCUCUCUUUCCUUCUCUUUCUCUCCCUCUCUCUCCGCUGUCUCCUCUCUGUCUUUAGUCUCUGGUAGCGUUCCCUAAGCUGAAGAGACAGGUGUUGUCCUAUGAGCCUUCAGUCUCCUCCCCUAAAGACUUCACAGACAGCACCCUGUUCUACGUCAACCAGGACUUCUCUCUCAUGUACGUAGCUACAACAAUAGCUUUGAACCCACUGUUAGCCCGCUGAGCUUAAUAGAGGCAUUGAAUGCACCUAGGGUGGCUAAAUUCUGUUAACUUUCCCCAAAUUCUCAGGUUUUCAAAAAAGUACUAAUUGGAGCAUUCCAGAUGUAACUGCUUAUUCCAUCCUGAUUCCAGGAAUCUUCCCACAGGGAUUUCUUGAAAAUCUGGGAUUUUUGGGAAAGAUGGCAGAGUUUUGCAACCUUAAUUGCACCUCACUGCAACAGUUGUUGGCUUACCAUGUUGAUUCAUGUUCUAUUUAGUUAAUGUAACUGUAUGUAUUCUAAUGCAUCAGUCAUUUUGGGGAAGUUUCAAUGUUGAUGAAAGCUUUGUUGUCAUGGUUUCCUACUGAGGACCAGGGUGGAAUGUUGAGGAGCAGUUUCAGGUGUGAUGCUGAUCAGAUAUUGAGUUCUUUAGUCUCUGUUUCUCAGUAAAAACUCCAAGGUCCAGAAAAGAGGCAAGAUUAAUCUGAUUGGUCGACUGCAGCUGACCACGGAGCGAAUGAGAGAGGAGGAGAACGAGGGCAUCGUCCAGCUGAGAAUAUUAAGAACCCAGGUAACAUUACACAUUUUAAAGGUCCGAUUUAAGGAACCUGAAGUUUCAGCACUUUUGUUUCCCAAAGACUUUAAUGGAGCACUACUGCCUUCCACCCUGCAAGCCUUGAGUGAAAACUUGAAAAACUAGGUUUGAUCAAUCAUAACAAUACCAGUUGAGUGUGUGCCGCGACGUUGAGUAAAGAUAUAAUGCUGUACGUUGUUUGACCCACCCACCCCCCUCCAGGAGGCCAUCAUCCAGAUUAUGAAGAUGAGGAAGAGGAUCAGUAAUGCCCAGCUACAGACAGAGCUGGUAGAGAUCCUCAAGAACAUGUUCCUGCCCCAGAAAAAGAUGAUCAAGGAACAGAUCGAGUGGCUCAUCGAACACAAAUACAUAAAACGGGACGAGACGGACAUCAACACCUUUAUCUACAUGGCAUAG